AUGCUGCUGACGGUCUUCUGCCUGCGGCGGGACCGCUCGGAGCUGACCUUCUCGCUGCAGGUGGACGCCGACUUCGAGCUGCAGAACUUCCGCGCCCUGUGCGAGCUCGAGUCCGGCAUCCCCGCCGCAGAGAGCCAGAUUGUCUAUGCAGAGGUGCCUCUAACUGACAACCACAGAUCAUUGGCUUCCUAUGGCUUGAAAGAUGGCGACGUGGUGAUAUUGCAGCAAGUGGAGAAUGCAGAGAGGCGGCCUGGGGCUCCCUUCCCUGGCUUGCCCCGGAUAGACUUCAGCAGCAUCGCGGUGCCCGGGACAUCCGCCCAAGCAGCCCAGCGGCCCCCACAGCAGCCUGCACCGCCCCCGCGCGCAUCUCCCCCUGAAGUCCCCCCUGCCCCCCAGGGCUUGGACAACCCAGCUCUCUUGCGGGACAUGCUGCUCUCCAACCCGCAUGAGCUCUCCCUGCUGAAGGAGCGCAACCCACCCCUGGCAGAGGCCCUGCUGAGUGGAGACCUCGAGAAGUUCACCCGGGUCUUGGUGGAGCAACAGCAGGAUCGAGCACGCCGGGAGCAGGAGAGGAUCCGUCUUUUCUCCGCUGACCCUUUUGAUCUAGAGGCUCAGGCAAAGAUUGAAGAGGACAUCAGGCAGCAAAACAUAGAGGAGAACAUGACGAUCGCCAUGGAGGAGGCCCCCGAGAGCUUCGGCCAGGUGGUGAUGCUCUACAUCAACUGCAGGGUGAACGGCCACCCCGUGAAGGCCUUCGUGGACUCGGGGGCUCAGAUGACCAUUAUGAGCCAAGCGUGCGCCGAAAGGUGCAACAUCAUGAGGCUGGUGGAUCGGCGGUGGGCGGGCAUUGCAAAAGGCGUGGGCACUCAGAAGAUCAUUGGCAGGGUGCAUCUAGCUCAGGUGCAGAUUGAAGGGGAUUUCCUGCCAUGUUCUUUCUCCAUCCUGGAGGAGCAGCCCAUGGAUAUGCUUCUUGGGCUGGAUAUGCUGAAGAGACAUCAGUGCUCCAUUGACCUCAAAAAGAACGUCUUGGUGAUCGGCACCACGGGUUCACAGACGACCUUCCUGCCGGAGGGGGAGCUCCCCGAGUGUGCGAGGCUGGCUUAUGGGGCUGGCCGCGAGGAUGUCAGGCCAGAAGAGAUUGCAGACCACGAACUGGCAGAGGCCAUCCAAAAAUCCGUCGAGGAAGCAGAGCACCAGAAGCCUUGAUGCAUGUAGUGUGGGCUUGCUGCUGCUGGAGUGGGCCACAGACCAGAGAAUACUGACAAAGAAACUACCUCAUCAGAACUGUCUUUGUUACCGAGUUCGGAUGGAUUUCAACGUCCCGU